AUGCUGAAUCUGGCGCAGAGAGACCGGAAAGUGGAGACGCCAACAAACAGACGAAGAACGCGCCGGAGCACUACUACGCCGCACCCAGCCUUCCGCCGACUCCUCACCGCCCACACGGCCAAGAAGAUCGGCCAGCACCAGCGAACGCCACCCGCCGUCCGGUCGACGCCGCCAUCCACCAUCCAGGGCCGCCGCCCCGGCGUCCAAACUCCGCCCGCCGAAGAUCCGAGGGAGUCCGGAGGACCACAGAGCAAGGGACCCGCCUCCAUGAGCGCGCGCCGGCCAGCAGCAACACCACGGACCUGGAAGUGGCCGAGCAGCAUGCGCAUUUGGGGAUCCGGGUGGGCUCGGCCGGGCCCGGGCCCUGCCCGGCCCGAGCGCGAGGCGGCCGGCCCGGCCGCGCUGCCCGUCCGGCUCCGCUCACAGGGCGUUGCGCCGCCGCCCGACCGCCGAGCGCCAUGGACACCCACCCUCGCGUCGCGCCGCCCGCCGUGGCGUAAGCUUCCGCGGAAGCCGCCGCCGCCCGAGCACGCACAUCUCGCAGAACCGCCGCACCGCCGUCGAACGGCCGUGCCGCCACGCCUGCUGCCAGCGCCGCGCCUCCGCACCGAUGCCGCCCGCGCCGCCAUCACCACGAGGAGGAGAGAAGGCGCCCCCCCGCCGCCGACGCCGACUGAGCUUCGCCCGGUGGCGCCUCCUGGCAGCGGCGAGGCGGGGGAGAGAAGGACGGGACUGGAGGCGGCGGCGGACUAG